AUCUGUUUCUCAAACUACACGAUACAGCCUAUCUACAGGCCUACCGACCCUUCGAAACCAUGCUUGACCUGCACAAAGCAAUGGUGCUUGGAUCAGAAACUCCCAAUAUGUUUGAAUGCAGGGCUUGGUGAUCAAAACCCAGACACGGGGACAGGGAAGGAGGGCGAUGUUGACACACGCUGCUUUCAACGAGAUUCGCCUCGGGAUCAGAUGAUUGUCACCUUAUUCCUUCUGACCAUCAUUGGAUUAUUGAUUGGUGCAGCGGUGAAGACACGCCUGGAGCGAAUAGGUUUCGACUCUAAUCGAGCAUGGUCAUCCGGCCGCACCUGGUGGGAGUUUUUUCUCCCAUCUCGCCAAGCGGACGUGCCAUACUCGCUUGGCGCGACCUCACCAUCACGUUCGAGGACCCAGUAUGAUCGGUUACCAGUGGCAGAAGGUACUGUGGCUUGA